CUCAGUGGGAGCGGCGCGUCUCCUACUCCAUUUUUGUCAGACGGGUGGAGGAACGCACUCUCGGCGGGGAGACUGUCAGUCCACGCAGCGGAUACUUCAUACCGAGCAACAAAGGCUUCGAGAGCGAUUACUGCAGGCUGUUUUCUUUUGGUUUUCGUUUAGGAAGAGUCUUGACGGUGCUCUCAGGUGUCUGACAUGGUAGAUUAUCACGCGGCGAAUAAUCAAUCCUUAUAUUCAGCGGGCGGACAGCAGAUCUACAUGGAGCAGGAGAACGACUGGGACCGGGACCUACUGCUGGACCCGGCCUGGGAGAAACAGCAGCGGAAGACUUUCACGGCCUGGUGCAACUCUCACCUGCGGAAGUCAGGAACGCAGAUCGACAACAUCGAGGAGGAUUUCAGAGAUGGACUCAAACUCAUGCUGCUCCUAGAGGUCAUCUCAGGGGAGAGGUUACCUAAACCUGAAAGAGGCAAGAUGAGAGUUCACAAGAUCAACAACGUCAACAAAGCGCUGGACUUCAUCGCCAGCAAAGGAGUCAAGCUGGUGUCCAUCGGUGCAGAAGAAAUCGUGGAUGGAAACGCCAAGAUGACUCUGGGAAUGAUUUGGACCAUCAUCCUCCGCUUCGCCAUCCAGGACAUCUCAGUGGAGGAAACCUCCGCUAAAGAAGGAUUGUUGCUCUGGUGUCAGAGGAAGACGGCUCCUUACAAGAACGUCAACGUUCAGAACUUCCAUAUCAGCUGGAAGGAUGGUCUCGCCUUCAAUGCUCUGAUCCACAGACACAGGCCAGAGCUCAUCGAUUAUGACAAGCUGAGAAAGGACGACCCAGUGACUAAUCUGAACAACGCUUUUGAAGUGGCAGAGCGAUACCUCGACAUCCCCAAGAUGUUGGAUGCAGAGGAUAUCGUGGGCACUCUGCGGCCGGAUGAGAAGGCUAUUAUGACGUACGUCUCCUGUUUCUAUCACGCCUUCUCAGGUGCUCAGAAGGCUGAGACAGCAGCUAAUCGUAUUUGUAAGGUGUUGGCGGUCAAUCAGGAGAACGAGCACCUGAUGGAGGACUAUGAAAAACUGGCCAGCGAUCUGUUGGAGUGGAUUCGUAGGACAAUCCCAUGGUUGGAAAACCGUGCUCCAGAGAAAACCAUGACAGAAAUGCAGCAGAAAUUGGAAGAUUUCCGCGAUUACCGUCGCGUUCACAAACCACCUAAAGUUCAGGAGAAGUGUCAGCUAGAGAUCAACUUCAACACAUUGCAGACCAAACUUCGUCUGAGCAACCGACCAGCCUUUAUGCCAUCUGAGGGACGCAUGGUGUCGGACAUUAAUGGUGCAUGGCAUAAACUGGAAGGGGCCGAGAAAGGCUAUGAAGAGUGGCUACUGAAUGAGAUCCGUCGUUUGGAGAGACUUGACCAUCUUGCAGAAAAGUUCCGUCAGAAAGCAGCCAUCCAUGAAAGCUGGACAGAUGGUAAGGAGGCCAUGCUAACACAGAAGGACUAUGAGACCGCAUCUCUGUCUGAGAUCAAAGCUCUCCUGAAGAAGCAUGAGGCAUUCGAAAGUGACCUUGCUGCCCACCAGGACAGAGUGGAGCAGAUUGCUGCCAUUGCACAGGAGCUCAAUGAGCUGGACUACUACGACUCCCCGAGCGUUAAUGCACGCUGUCAGAAGAUCUGUGAGCAAUGGGAUGCUCUGGGUUCCCUCACACAGAGUCGCAGAGAAUCUCUCGAGAGAACAGAGAAACAGCUGGAGUCUAUUGAUGAGCUGUACCUGGAGUAUGCCAAGAGAGCAGCACCGUUCAACAACUGGAUGGAGGGAGCCAUGGAGGACCUUCAGGACAUGUUCAUUGUACACAAUAUCGAGGAGAUCCAGGGACUGAUAACGGCUCAUGACCAGUUCAAAUCAACUCUUCCAGAGGCAAAUAAAGAGCGGGAAUCUAUUCAGGCCAUCCAUGCUGAAGUUCAGAAAAUCGCACAGUACAAUGGCAUCAAACUGGCUGGAAACAAUCCUUACACCACCAUCACCCCUCAGACCAUUGACAAGAAAUGGGAGAAGGUGCAGCAACUGGUUCCACAGCGUGAUCAGGCUCUUCAGGAAGAGCUCGCACGUCAGCAGUCUAAUGACCAUCUCAGACGCCAGUUUGCCAACCAGGCCAACAUGAUUGGACCAUGGAUCCAAAAUAAGAUGGAGGAGAUCGGGCGGAUAUCAAUUGAGAUGAAUGGAACGCUGGAAGAUCAGCUGACCCACCUCCGUCAGUAUGAGCAGAGCAUCAUUGAAUACAAACCCAACAUUGACCAACUGGAGGGAGACCAUCAGCUCAUUCAGGAAGCACUUAUAUUUGACAACAAAUACACUGCUUAUACUAUGGAGCACCUUCGUGUUGGUUGGGAGCAGCUCCUUACUACAAUUGCCCGCACCAUUAACGAGAUCGAGAACCAGAUUCUGACUCGUGAUGCUAAAGGCAUCAGCCAGGAGCAGCUUCACGAGUACCGCACGUCCUUCAAUCACUUCGACAAGAAGCGCACGGGGAUAAUGGACAGCGACGAUUUCCGCGCACUGCUCAUUUCCACUGGGAACAGCCUGGGUGAUGCCGAAUUUGGUCGUAUCAUGGGUAUUGUUGACCCCAACAACAGUGGAGCAGUGACCUUCCAGGCUUUCAUCGACUUCAUGUCAAGGGAAACAACCGACACAGACACUGCAGACCAGGUCAUCGCCUCAUUUAAGAUCCUAGCCGGAGACAAGAACUACAUCACAGCCGAGGAGUUGAGGCGUGAGCUUCCUCCUGACCAGGCAGAGUACUGCAUUGCCCGAAUGGCACCAUACACGGGCCCCGACGCGGUUCCGGGCGCUCUUGACUACAUGUCCUUCUCCACCGCCCUGUAUGGGGAGAGCGACCUCUAAGGGCCAACUCCAGAACUCCGGAGCAGUUCUCUCUCCUGCAUCGGUGCUGAUCUUCUCACAGACUAGAUAGAUGAGAGCGCUGGAUGGAGCCGCAUCUAUCUUUCUCUCAACCAUCCAGUCCUUAAAGAGAUCAGUGCUCCUGAGGAAGAGGAAGAUAUUUAAGAGUGUUGGAAAUGGGACUUCAUAGCACACCUGAGGGGGAGGGGGGAUAGAUGUUUGGGGGAAGGAGGGUACCAUGGCAUUGUGGGAAGAGCAAAUAACUGUUGAUGAAGCUUGCCACGCAUUGAGGGAUAGCCUUUUGGAUUCCGUGUUAAACAUGUCGGUCUUGGAGAGCUUAAGAAAAGAUGUAGGAUAAAAGGAAAGAGAAAAGUUUAAUAUUGCAGGUUCGGUGUCAAGGGAAGUGGGUGUGUGGUUUUGGACUGUAGCCACAGCUCAGGUUCUUUAAUCUUCCGUUUCCUCUUAAAAUGACAUGCGUAGUAUGAAAGGACUUGAUGGUGUUUUUCCAGCUUUCAAGUGAUUUCUCACCAGCUGAUGUUGAGCCGUUGGGCUCAUUAAAUUAGAAAAAAUAUUAAUUAUUAUUAAAUCUACUAGGUUGUUCUGUGAUGGAACUAAAGAGAGCUUAAAGAAUCAGCUUUGGCUUCAGUCUAUGCCUAAACACUUAACCUGCACCCUCUACCCAGGUGGGGAGGGCACAAGCUUUUCCAGUUAACAUGCUGUUUUUCUUUGUUUUAAUUAUGUUGUUUUCUUCCUAGAGUUGGUGGGGUGGGAGGUUUGGUUUGGGGUUGGAAUAUGUUAUUUGGCAUAUAGCAAGGCUGUAUAUCGUAGGAAAAUGGACAGAAUGAAGUGUUUUGAUAGGGAAUUUGUGACAUGCCCUCUUAACCCAUUUUGCUGGAUCGGUGGAACUCUUUGAAAAUCCAACCUCAGCUUUUUCCUCCCCUUUUUAUUUCUUUCCUCCCAAGCAAUUGAGUUAGCGGGUUUCUACGCUGUACAUACUUAUUUUCCAGUACACAGAACUCCUGGGACUACCCAUGGCGGUCACACUGGGCUUCAGGUCAUAAGCAAAGAUUAUAAAAUGAGCAGUUUCACCCCUGCGGAGUACUGUAGGCAGGCUUGGGUAGCUACAGGUUUGUUUUUAAGGGGUUGAAGAAUGAAGCUACAAAAAUACCCAGUCGAUUUGUUGUUUUCCUUCCCCGAUCAACCAUACAGCAUUCUCUUAUUGACUCCCUGACUCAAGUAGACAUGUCCCUUAAGGAUUUAUUAACUGAAAAUAAUGUCCAUCUGCCAUCCAUCUCUAAUCAUUUCUCAGAUAUUACUAAAUGUCCAUGUGAGAGCUUCAGUGGUGAUGUGAGCAGCAUAGCCUUGUAGUGACCCUCCACUAGAGCCUAUGACUACACAGCUGCUGAAUCAACAGUGGAAAAGAGAAUUUUAUAGUCAGAAAUAAGUACAAAUGUGCCUGGUAGUUGCAGGUUGCUCUCUCUCCCACUCAUUUCCCCUUUCCUUUUGUUGUGCACUCGUUUUUCUCUUUCUACAGGGAGGGGCAGGGACCCAAUGUACAGCUCUGGAGGUUGGGGGAAGGAGUGGGAGAGCUGAAGUCUUAAUGAACAUUCCAUUAUGUCUUAAUUAAAAUUAAAUUACUGUCUAACAAAUCUAUGCAAUCAUGUAUCCAAUACCAACCAUGCUCUGUAAUGAACGGCGGGGGUGAUUUGCAAUCGGAAGUGUUGAAUUCAAGUGAGAACAAAUUAAGGGUAGAGGGAGGGAAAAGGGUUGGUCAGAUGGGCUUCAUAAGAUUUGAACAGACUUGGACCAAAAGCCUCCCCUUACGUCUGCAAAGUUGAAUAAAAGCAUUUGGAAUUCUGAUUUAUUUUUCUUUUGUACUCUUUAAUAUCAAGCGUUAUCUGCUGUACUGGAAAUUUGCAAAAACUGCUUUCUGUCUCGAGAUGAAAAGUAAAUUUCACAUGCACACAUAAAGUUUCCUUAUAAAAUAU